UGUUUAGUAUCGUUCAUCAGGGCAUCGGACAACGGAAACGCCGAGACAUUGCAGAACUUCGUUAAGGAUCCGUUCGAAAGCCCAAGGGCUGGCUACGUGUCCGAUGGCGACGUGCUGAACUACUCACAGCCUGGAGACUUCGACGCUUCCGGCUACAUGAGCGAGGGCGGCAUCACCCUUUACGCCCGCAAGAUGCAGGACCGAUUUCGUGAGGGCUUGGAGGCGGUACGUAACAGCAUUUCGAAGCCGUCGGACGUGCUCGAUGACAGGGUAUGCCUCUGGUGUGCCGUUCUUUUAAGUUACCUCAAAGACAUCAAAAGCCUUGACAGACCUUGGCUGUCAUCGCCUCGGUGGUCGACGAGUUUGGGCUGUAUGAUUGGUUGCCGUAGUGGCUGA